AUGGUGUUGCAGGAUAUUGAUGCUACUUCGCGUGUAGAACCAAAUGGUUGGAAACGUCUGAACACGCUGUCACAUUACAAUGUUCCGAACAAUGCCGUACUGAUGUUGAUCGCUAGGCAAAAUUCGUUGUAUAAUCUUUCGUUGUUAUCUGAACGAAGUGAAAAGUCGACGUUGAGCCUGAAGAAUAGCCCAACAUUAUCAAGACCAUGGGUUGGAACGAACAGUAGCAGUAAUUCCAAGGAUGCUGAAGGACAGAAGCUCUACCACCUUGUCAAACCGUCCGAACAUGGUCCAAACGAGAAUCAGGAGAAGAUGGUCACGGAAAUCUACCUCACUAGGUUAUUGAUGAUGAAAGGAACGCUACAGAAGUUUAUCAACGAUUUGCUAGAAUCAAUAUUUUCGACGGCAUCACGAUCGGCACCAUUACCAGCUGCGAUCAAGUACAUGUUCGAUUUCAUGGAUGAGCAGGCGCUUGAACACGGUAUCACCGAUGCGGAAGUGGUUCAUGCAUGGAAGAGCAAUGCGUUGCCGCUCAGGUUCUGGGUGAAUCUGAUCAAGAAUCCACAUUUUGUGUUCGACAUUCAGAAGCCAACCAAGGUGGAGGGAUGUUUGUCCGUUGUGGCUCAAACGCUAAUGGACGCUUGUUCAACACAAGACCAUCAGUUGACGAAAGACUCACCGUCGAGUAAGCUGUUGUUCGCAAAGGAUAUGUAUCAGUACAGAGACUGGGUGGACAGCUACUACUCCGAUAUUGCCCGAUUGCCGCCGAUUUCCGAUCAGGACAUGGCCUCGUUGCUGAACGAGGAAUCUCGAAUACAUCGUGGCCAAUUUCAUGUGUUCUCGGCGUUGAAUGAGCUCUACAAGUACCUCGAUCAGUACAAGGAUCCAAUUAUGGAUGCUUUAGAGCACAACGAACACGCUCAAGCAAGUCGACUGCCUGGAAGGUUGCAGGAUAUGUUGGCGCUGAUGGAGUCCGAUCAGAGCAGGACGGAUUACGACAGUUCGACACUGGGAAUCGGCUAUAAUUCAAAUAGCCGAUUGAUGCCUCGCGAACGAAUGUAA